ACUUUUUUUGCUUUCAAAUAUUUGUUUACAUUAAAAAUAUGUAUGUAUAUGUUUUGUUAAGUUUUAUACAUUUUAUAUUAAGAACAUGUGUUUUGUUAUGCUUACAAAUAACUCUUACUGAUAAAUAUUCUAGACAUUUCACAAUUUGAACUUUGACAAUUUAGCUAUGCCGACUUGUAGUUUUUGUGGCAAUUUUUAUUUUAAAACUAAUGCAUUGAUUACUCAUCUAAAAAUAAUCCAUCAAUGUCAGGAAAGUAGCACUUAUAGUUGUGGAGAAAAAAAUUGCAGGAGAAAUUUCCCAUCAUUAAAGUCGUUCAGAAAACAUUUAAAUAAUCAUUCUUUGGCUCCAGCUAUACAUAGGGAGUUGUUGAAAAGAAAUGACUCGGUUAAUUGUCAAACAACAUUAGGUAUAGGAGAUAUCUCGGAUGAUCUAUGUCAGCAGAAUUUAACAAUUAAAUCACAUUAUAGUAACUUAGAAAAUGAGAAACAAAAAAGUCGUCAAGAAUUGUAUUCAUCUGUAUUAAUUCAGAAUGAAAAGAUUAACUUCACUACCUUUAAAAAUAAAUUGAAUGAAAAAAUUAUUGUCUUUAUGUGCGGAAUUUAUUCAGAAAACACAUUUUCUAGAAAAGAUGUCCAGAAAAUUAUGAAUCUAAUCAAUGAAUUACUCUCAGAACCCCUAGAUAUUUUUAAUAAAUUCAUUGAUCAUGUGUAUAAUGAAUCUAACAUACCUGCAGAAGAUGUAUUCGAAAUGAAUAGAUUUUUUCAAGAGUUAAAAAUUUUAUUUGAGGAUUUUGGUACUGAGCAUUUGAGAUUUAAAAUUUUGGAGAGAGCAGACUUAUUUAUUAAACCUGUUGAAUUUACUGUUGGAGAAUACAUAGAAACUAAAAACAAUGUCCCAGUUGUAAAAAAAUAUACAGCACAUUUUAUUUCUCUAUCUCAAGUUCUAAGAAAUUUUUUUUCCAUUCCUGGUAUUUUAUUUGAAACUAUGACAUAUUUAGAACAAUUACAAAAUCUGGAUAAUGUAUAUAACAUUAUUCAAACAAAUUUUUGGAGAGAAAAAAUAUCUGAUUUCAAAAAAACAGACAUUGUUUUACCACUCUUUAUUUAUUAUGAUGAUUAUGAAACUGGAAACCCAUUAGGCUCUCGUGCAGGUAUUCAUAAGCUUGGAGCUAUUUAUUCUACGGUAGCUUGCUUACCUCCAAAAUAUCAGUCACGCUUAGAAAAUAUUUUUCUGGUUACCCUAUUUCAUAGUACAGAUCUUAAGGAAUUUGGCGAUAAAGUAAUUUUUUCUAAAUUAGUAGAUGAACUCAAUUACCUGAGAAACACCGGCAUAUUUUUAAAAAUUCAAUCUAAUGAAUAUCGUCUUCACUUUUGCACUGUUUCAUUUUUAGGUGACAAUCUUGCAUUAAACACAAUUCUUGGUUUUCAAGAGAGUUUUUCAUCUAAUUCAUAUUGCCGAUUUUGCAAACUGUUGAGAGUUGAUGCACAAAAUAGUACACUUGAAAAUGUACAAUAUUUAAGAACUCCUGAAAAUUAUAAAGAUGAUAUUAUAACGAAUUAUCCAUAUUUAACUGGCGUAAAACAAAAUUCAAUUUUGAACAAAAUAAAAUCAUUUCAUGUCACUGAAAACUUUUGUAUUGACAUAGCACAUGAUAUUUUCGAAGGUGUAGCAGUUGUUGUGCUAGCACACCUGUUAAAUAAGUUUAUUUUUGAGGAAAAGUUUUUUGACUUGCAAACACUGAAUAAUAGAUUAAAGCAUUUUAAUUUUAGUGCAAAUCAUAAUAAGCCACCUUUGAUUAUGCAUGAAAAUUUGAAGAAAAUGAAUUUAAGGAUGUCUGCUUCAGAAAUGAAAACAUUUCUCUUAAAUGCUGAUUUAAUAUUUGGCGACCUUAUCCCUGAAGGCAAUAAAUACUGGAAAUUGUAUAUUUUGCUUAGAAAAAUUGUAUGCGUUAUUCUUAAGGAUUUCUUUACUCCUGAAACUGAAAAUGAUUUGAGAAAUUUAAUCCAUGAUCAUCACUCCUUAUUUAUUUCAUUAUUUGCUAAACCGCUUAAACCAAAAUUUCACUUCAUGACUCAUUAUCCCUCAAUUCUUCUAAACUCUGGACCUCUAAAAAAUAUGUCAACACUAAGAUACGAAUCGAAACAUCGCCAAUUUAAAUUAUCAGCUAACGUAAUUGCCUCCAGAGUUAACAUAAGUUAUUCUUUGGCUGUGAAACAUCAACUUCAAUUGGCCUCUAAAUUUGUAAAUCAGAGAGGAUUUUCUCAUAAUACUUCCUAUUCAACUAUAAUAAAAGAAUAUUCAAACAUCGAUAGCCUGCCAAAGUUUUCUGAUAUUCUAAAAAAUUCUAGUGGAAUAAAUCACGAAAAAUUGUGUAGUUUUGAUAGUCGAAUUGUUUCUUGUAAUAAGAUUACUGUUAAUUCAAAAAUUUAUAGAGUUAAUGAUAUUAUAUGUGUUGAUUAUGAAAAUAAGAAUCAUUUUUUUGGAAAAAUUUCAAAUAUUAUUAUAAAUGAAUUCAAUGACAUAUUAUUUGUAUACAAAUAUAUUGUGUCUAUUACUUUUAAUGAACAUUUGUUUUCAUAUGUUGUAGAUAUCACUGAACUAGAAAAGUGUGUUUUCUUUAAUUUUCUUAAAAUUUUUGAUACUUUUGUAAUAAUAAAAAGAAAUGAAAUAAACUAUUUAUCAGUAUGAGUUGUGCAAUGAGCAAAGAUUUUUAAUGUUUUAAUACAGUUUGCAAAUUUAAUGCUCCCUUUUAUUUCACGUUCCUGUUUUUUUAUCCUUAUAUACAGACUGUACACAACACAGGUAAAAAAUCUUGUAUGUUUUUUUUUGCAUUUUUAGACGCCUAUAUUGUCGUGAAAAUUAUUAAUUAAUUAUUUUAAGAAAUAGAGAAAACAUAUCAACAGAUUUUUGAGAUGUGUAUGUGAUUUGCUGCAUCCUCUAGGUGGGCAAAAUAAAUUCCUAUCAAAGCUAUGGCCGUAAA